AUGUGCGAGUGGCUAUCCCGGGCUGAGUGGUGCGACGUGCGGUUGCUGUGCGGCGGACGUAGUUUCAGCGCGCACCGCGCAGUCCUCGCCAGUGUUAGCUCCUAUCUAAGAGAAGUACUUCUCUCAUGUCCAGCAAAAGACUCGCCAGCGUAUAUUAUCUUGCCAGAAUUUGAUCUCGAUGCUGUGUCAUCCGUUUUGUAUUAUAUUUAUCACGGCGAAGUUGUUAUUGAACGAUGUCAACUUAACGAAUUUUUGGAUAUCAUUAGAAAUUUGGAGAUUUAUAUUGAUCCGCAAUAUUUGUAUAAAAUUAGUAAUGGUGUGGAAAAAUCAGAUUUAGAUAUUAGUUGCAAGUAUAAAGAAAGUAAUUUGUCGAAGAAUGAUGAUACGACGUGUUCUGAUGUGAAUAGCGAAUGCAUGUAUGCUAAUAAUUUGAAGAAAGGCAUUGAAAGUAUCAUGUGUAACGUACAAUGUUCAUUAAAUGGUUUAGAUUUCGGAGAUAAACAGAUUCGGACUUCAAGUGAAAAGUUUAGUUCAUCUGCUGGAGAUUUAGUGCGAUGUGAAGACCGACAAAGAGGCUCGUUGCUACGUGAUUUAUUUAUUGAGACAUAUGCUCGGAACGGUUGUAGUAACGGUCUGGGGGCGGGCGUGCUGGCAAUAUCAAAUGAGCGUUAUCACGGACCGACAUCAGUUCUUUUCACGAAUGCUAAUGCCGCCCAUCCUAACACACUAGUUGAGACACAUAAGAUCAUGUCUGAAAUCAGAAAGUUCUACGCUAGAUUUAAGAAUGUCUGUACCUAA